UCCGAUUGCCGGAAACCCCGAGCUUCAGCAACUCAUUCAAAAAUGGUGGUGGUGCUGCUGCUUCCGCCUCCUUGAAUGAAGAAGAAAGCUCGGAACUUGCUCAAAACCAUCGCCUCCCUCUUCACCAAGCACCAUAAAGCCAUGGAAGAUUUACCAGAGCGCUACUCUUACAACCCAACUCUCCGCUGGAACGCCGACCUCGAAAGCUACUUCUCCAACGCAUACGGACCCCACCAUUUCUCCCGCAUCUCCCAAGCCCUAACGCGGCCGUCUUGCUACUCCUGUAUACGCGUGAACACGCUGAAGUCGACGCCGGAUGCCGCCAUUGAGAAGCUGAAGGCGGUUCUGAAAGAAAAUGGAGCUGACAUUUCCAAGUGUGAAGUGGAAGGGAUGGACUAUGUGCUGUUUGUGAGGGGUUCGGGUCCUCACGCCAUUGAUUAUGGCUGUGCUGCAGAUGGGAAGCUUCCGAAAGAGGUUCUUGUGAGCCGGAAAUGCGCCGAGGCAGUUCUUCGAGGUGCCCAGGUGUAUGUUCCUGGUGUAUUGGGUUGCACUGCUCAUGUCGAGAAAGGGGAUGUUGUGGCGGUUUCAGUGGCAGUUGAGCAGCCUGGUGCCGAUGGUGGAUGGGUCGUUGGGAUCACCCGAGGGACUGUGCUGCAAGGUUCAGAGACAGAUCCUUAUCAUAUUGAACGAAGUGGACUGUAUAUCGGCCAAGGAAAAGCAAUGCUGUCAAGGGCUGGGAUUUUCCGUGUUAUGGAAGGGCUUGCUGUGGAUAUGAGUGACAGAGUAUUUAAUCUCCCUUCGUUACAUGACGUGCUUGAGGGGGAAAUAUUUCUUCAAAAUCUGCCAAGCAUUGUUGCUGCUCACGCACUAGAUCCUCAAAAAGGUGAGCGCAUAUUAGACAUGUGUGCUGCACCGGGAGGGAAGACAACUGCAAUUGCACUUCUUAUGAAGGAUGAAGGAGAAAUUGUUGCCGCUGAUAGAUCUCACAAUAAGGUGCAGGGUAUUCACAAAUUGGCUGCUGAAAUGGGCCUGAGUUGUAUAACCCCAUAUAAACUAGACGCUCUAAAAUCUGUUUGUACAACAAACGAGUCCAAUGAUUUUUCUAAUCACUCUUGCAUUAAGGAUCAUCAUGGUGGAAACGUUCAAGGUUCUGACUUGAUAAAGUCAGAAUUGGAGAAUUCUAAAUUGAUUACUUUUGAAAGGUUGAAUGCUGAGACGGAUUUCAAGAAAAGUGUUAGCAAUGAAAAAGCGAAUGAGACAACAUACACUAGCAAAGCUGCCAUCAGGAAGGAAAUGCGAAGAAAACGGAAUGGUCCUGGAAGAAAUCAGAGCGUGGGUGGUAGGGUUGAGAAGUCAAAAGGAUUUGCUCCUAAGAGCUUUGAUCGAGUUCUUCUUGAUGCACCCUGCUCUGCCCUUGGUUUAAGACCACGACUAUUUGCUGGAGAGGAAACAAUUGAAUCCAUGAGAAAGCAUGCGACAUAUCAAAGAAGAAUGCUUGAUCAGGCUGUUCAGUUGGUUCGCCCGGGUGGAGUUCUUGUGUAUUCAACAUGUACCAUAAAUCCUGGAGAGAAUGAAGCCGUUGUUCGAUAUGCUUUGGAUACAUAUAAAUUCCUCUCCUUGGCACCGCAGCACCCAAGGAUUGGAGGACCUGGUCUUGUUGGCCGUUUUGAAUUUCCCGAUGGAUAUACUGAGGAGUGGCUGAGACCCGGGGAGGAAGAACUCGUUCAGAGGUUUGAUCCAUCGUCCUCGCUUGAUACAAUAGGGUUUUUCAUAGCCAAGUUUUCUGUUGGAUCAAACAAGGCCGACUUACAAAACUCCGCAUCUUGACAAGAUCAGACCUUGAGCGCCAAAGUCCUCCUCAAAGCUCAUAAGCAAUGGAUUGCCUCAACUCCGUAGGAGCCAUCAACCUCAAACGGACGAACAAAAUUAAAGUAAAAACGUCAGAUUGGGGUCUUGAGCUUACGGAAAAAUCUUGAAAAUCAUAAGUAUGACACUAAACUUCUAUGCGUGAAAAAUGUCGGGAUGGGGCUGAGACCAUCCUGGUCUUUUCAUGGCUCCGCCUCUAUCUAGAAUCAUGAGCGGAGCCACUAAGGGACCAUAACAGCAUUGUCAAUCCAAACUCUUUUCUAUUUUAGGCCAGACCUCAUUUUUCUCUCUAUCCCUCGUAUAUGCAUGCACUUACCCGCCCCAACAUAAAAUCCACUAUCUAGAAUACUGAUGGGUUUGUUCUUCCCAGUUCCCACCCUUUCAAAUUCUCGAUAGCAGACACCAUUAUCAUGGAUAUUCACCAAUACACAUUAAUAUUUAUCAAUAUUGUGCAUAUUACAAAAAUUACUUUGUUCUGUGGUAAGCAACCGAUCACCGUCAUUUGGGUAUGGUAUGAUGUUGUCCUCAUCAUCCUCUUUAUUAAACUUAAACCCCAAGCCUCUAAGACUUUCUUUCUCUCUCCUUCUACUAAUCCCCAGACCAAAGUCCUCCGCAAAGCUCACAAGCAAAGGAUUGCUUCAACUGUGCAUAUUAUGGGAAGAAACAUACUUGACCCCUAUUAUGUUUUCGUCCAGCUCACAGCUGUAAAGGGACAUAAGUUAUGAUUUCUUGACAUAAAAAGGGAGAAGAAAGAGGAAAUACACACUUUAUAGACCAGAUACAAAUCUUAAUCAUAGAUAAAAUUGACAAAAAUGAAGGUACACUCGAGAUUUUAUUUUUUCAUUCAACUUUUGUAACCAGUUUUAUUUAUAUAGACGUUU